UAUCGAACGUGAGGAGCUGACGCACUCUCCCAGCCUGCUGGCUGCCGGACUCCGCUGCUUCUCCUUCUCUCCGCCACUAACACUAGCUACUUCACCCUCGGUAGAGACUACGGCUGUGCACCGACUGUAAACUAAAGCGGUCAGCAGGGGUCAUGAGGGUGUCGGAGGCCCCGGUUGCUGUUCAGAGCAGCUGAAGCAGACAUGGGCAAAGAAGUCUCGAAUGGCAUCGGUAGGCUCAGCCUCAUCGACUUCACCAGCCACGUCCUCCUUCGCCACAACCACCACUGGCUACGCAACAAGUUCUCUGUAUUUGCCAGCAUCUCCCAGUAAGACUUUGCAAUGAGAAUGUCCGAUACAGUUGACAGUGACACGAUGAAGGUUUCCGAGGCUGCCGACACGCUGUCGUCUCCAAAAGACAACGCCACCAAUUCUGAGGUCACUGACCAGAGCCAGAGCGGCAGAGAUGAACACAGCAGCAACAAUAAGAGGGACGUACAGCCUGUGAAGUACUCUAAGUCCAACACCAGGCUAAAGCUGGUGCGGAGCCUGGCAGUGUGUGAAGAGUCCUUUCCUUGCCCUAUUCCUGAGCCUUCAGCAGCACCUCAGGAUGGAUUCCUUCUCCAGCCCUUUGAAAAGGAAGAUCGAGCCACACAGGACCAAGCUGAGAAAGAAGACAGCUGCGAUAAGGUGGACAAACCUGAGAAAACGGCCAGAAAAAUGCUGUCGAGAGAUUCCAGUCAAGACUACACAGAUUCAACAGGCAUAGAUCUCCAUGAGUUCCUGGUCAACACAUUGAAGGGCAACCCCAGGGAUCGAAUCAUGCUACUCAAGUUGGAACAGGACAUCUUGGACUUCAUCAGCAAUAAUGAAAGCCAAAAGAGAAAGUUUCCGCCCAUGACGUCCUACCACAGGAUGCUGUUACAUCGAGUGGCAGCCUACUUUGGCAUGGACCACAAUGUGGACCCCAGUGGAAAGUCAGUGGUGAUCAACAAAACCACCAACACUAGAAUACCCGAUCAGAAAUUCUCAGAGCACAUCAAGGAUGACAGGGCGGACGAUUUUCAGAAACGCUACAUUCUCAAACGAGACAACUCCAGCUUUGAUCGCGAAGACAGCACGAUUCGAAUGCGUUUGAAAGCUGACAAGAGGAGCAAAUCGAUGGAGGAGAGAGAGGAGGAGUACCAGCGAGCCAGAGAAAGGAUAUUUGCACAUGAUGGAGAUCACUUCAUAUUAGAUAGAAGUGCUCAGGAUGAAGACGCAUGCAUGAGCACCCAACAGAGACGGCAAAUGUUCAGGCUACGGGCUGGCCGGUCAGGCGCCAGCCGGCAGAGCAGCUCCGAGACGGAAACGCUGCCACGGCACGGCGAGCCUCGGCCAUGGAGCAGCACAGACAGCUCGGACAGCUCCAACCGGCUCGCCCCGCGGCCCGCCAUCACCAAGGCCAGCAGCUUCAGCGGCAUUUCCCCCGGCCUCGUCCGAGGGGACAGCACGGCCAGCAGCAAGAGCACCGGGAGGCUCUCCAAAACAGGUUCAGAAUCAUGCAGUAGCGUUGGUUCCUCGUCCAGUUCGCUAUCCCGUCCCCAGCUGCCUCUCCCAGUUUCAGCCCCGUCCUGGUCCAACAUCCCCAGCGCACCCUUAAUCCACCCGGCUGCGGACACUAGAGGCUCUGGGCACCCUGAGAUGAUCAAGAGCGUCCCUUCCCAGCCACCACCAGCUACAGACGCAACAAAUUAUUAUGUGUUGCAGCUGGAAGCCUCAGGGAUACCACCCGGCAGCGUUCUGGUCAACCCACACACAGGCAAGCCUUUCAUCCACCCCGAUGGCAGCGCUGUAGUUUAUAACCCAGUCACUGUCGCCCCCACUGCUGGCAGGAACCCACAGCAGGGGAAAACCCCACAUCAGCCUAUCCCUGCCCCAACACAGCAACAGCCAACCAAUCACCUCCACUCCCAGCCGAUCUGUCCUCCUCUCCAGCUGUCCUCUGAGCCUGUCCACAACCCACCGGUCUCGUAUUCUCUUCCUCCUUCUCAGUUCCUGCCCGUCUGUCCUAACCAACAGUACACUGUGCCUGACGCCCUGAAUGCCCAGUUCAGUCACAUGACUCUAGCGCAGCAGCCGCUCAGCGACAGUGGGGCUUCAGCUCCGGACGCCCGCCACUAUCCGACUGUAUACCACCACCACCCGUCCCCUGUGGUACUGCAGGGAGCUCCGCAGCAGCAGCAGGUUGCUAGCUACGUGGUGACAGGGCCAUCGGGAGGACACCCGGGGGUGCUGCAGGGUCAGCACGUCCCGCUCCCGACCCCUGGCCCCAACCAUGCAUAUCCCAGCUCCACCCCGGGCCCCUCUGCUUUUCCUGGGUCCACGCUGAACCAGCAGCUACUCCAGCAACACACCUACAUCCAACAGCCUGUGCAGCAGAUGUCCUCGUGUUACUGCUCUUCAGCCCACCACCCCCACUGCUCCAGUCAGCAGCAGCACUACCGGCCCCCCGUCAACCCGCUGCCCUAUAACUGCCCUCAGAGCCAAAACCUGCCCCAGCGACAAGUGCACCAAGCCGUGAUGCCAAACCCUGCGUCCAGCUACCAGACCAUAGUGGGCUUGCAGCCAACACCCAACCUCGCUCUCACUGGCAACCAGCAAAGCAAUAUGGGCAACCAGAUGCAAGGCAUGAUGGUCCAGUACCCUCCAAUGCAGUCUUAUCAGCAGGUUUCUGUGCCACAGCAGACGUACCAGCAGCCAGUGUUUGUGUCCUGUCAGCCAGGACAGGGGGCAGUGGCUGUUGCUGGCAUGCAGCCCUGCUACAGCCUGCUCCCCCCUAACCAGCACACCACCAUGAGUUCAACUGUGAGUUUCCUGCCCGCCCAGAUGAUGGAGCAGCUCCAGUUUCCUCAGACCUCGUCCCCCUGCGUCUCCCAGCAACACCCAGGCCAGCAGUAUGCAGGGUUGUUACCCCCGGGCCCCAGCAGCGGCAUGGUGAUGCUGCAAAUGACAGCGCCCCCCUGCCAGCAGCCCCGGGCCCCCUCCCUCCAGCGGAAACAGCCCAGCCACAAACACCCGGGCCCCGAGUACCAGCGCAGCCGCAGGCCUGCUGAGCUCCCCCCGCCUCCGGACAACACCCAGAGCAGUUUGCCCUCGUCCCCGGCACUCACUCCCUCGCCAGGCCAGCCGCCCAGCAUCAAGGGCCUCCCAUCAGGCAUCUCGUCCAUCCCUGUCAUGGCCCACCACCCGCACCACCACCACCACCACCACCCGCCGCUCCCUACAGCCUUCUGCCACAGUGGACAAGGUGAAGCGCACUACUCUCUACUGGGCCAGCCUCUGCAGUACAAACCCUCCAUCAGACCUCCGCUGAUCCACACUGCCCACAUGGUGGCCAAACACCAGGGUCCACUGGGGGUUUGGCGUAGCGGCCAUGGGAGGAAGGCCAGCAGAAAACCUCUGUCUUCAGAUCUCAGUGUAGGUGAAGCAGUGAGCAGUCAGAUCCUGGAAGUGACAGAUCCUCCAGAGGGGAUCAGCUGUACAGACUCCCACCACCUCCUGGCAGAGCUCUGCAAAGGGGGCGAAUUGAUCCAGCGGCUGUCGGACCAUCAGCCCAGGCUGUGCAACACAACCAGAGACGCUCCCAGCGGAGACCUGGCCUCAUCAUGCUCCAUCUUUGCCAUGCUACCCUCCAGAUAUGCUGCCCCGGGCACCGCGUUCCACCACAGCGGCCCCCAGGCCACCUUUAAACUCAGAACUAGCACCAGACACAAAGGGGAGCUGUGUGACUCGGACAAGGCUGGCUCAUAGCUACUAAGAUCUUGGUGCAUCUAAGGAGCGCCACAUGAACGCACAUCCAACCACCUGCCUCUGCUGCCUCAGUCUGGACUGUAUCGGUUCAAGUCCCAGACUGUCCAAAUCAAAACCCGUAUCAAAUGUUUGAAGAAUGAAUGUUCACUUUUAUUUAGUUUUAGUUAAUUUUAUCAUUUUUCUGGCCAACAGGUUUGUACAGGGUGGGAGCUGAGCACCACCUAACAGUUUGGUUUUGUUUCUGAAAUGCAUCCGUGGCUGCUGAGCUCAACUCGAGGCCCCCCUCUAUUCUAAAAACCUAGUUUGCUGUUCAAAAAUGAAAGUGUUUGGGAGAGCUUUGGGAUUCAUUUGCCCGAUGUUAGUGACUGCACUGUGGCUCUUUUAAUAGCAGGUGUAUGAGUGUUGACAGCACCAUGUCGAUCAAAACGUACACAUAAUCUACUUGUUUUUUUGGUUCUCUCUACUGUUUGUGCCCACUUUUGAAAUUUAGACAUGUGAAGUUCAAAGCAAGUGUUUUAUUUAACAUUCAUCAAUACUUCAGUCGUCCGUGUCCUAGCUUGAUCCCCGUCACUGACUCAUGAAAGUGAGCAGCAUUUAUCUCCGGUUAGGCCACAUGAAUGGGUUUCUUCUCUUGUAUAACAUGCUCCCAACAAUAGCACUUGUACAAUGUGAGCCCAUACAAUAAUAAACACUGAAUAAUAGAUAUACUACCUGAAUUAUUUAAAGUCACUUUUAUACACAGUGAAUGUUGGAUUUGCACUGAAGUGAUGACGGAAAUGGCGAUUUGAUUGGUAUCGGACAGGGCCUGGAUUUUCUUUUAUUAACCCCCUCGUACCUGUUUGUUGCACUCAGCCAGGCCACUUUCUUUUAUAUUUAAUUAAAAUGUUUAUAUGCACAAGAAAAA